AUAUUUAUUGACAUUACUAAAACAUUAAAAACAAAAUCUAUACCGUACUUAAUAGUCCAAAGUUCACGUUGAGGCUGUUCCUAUUUCAAUGAAAUAAGUAAGAAUCGAGCUGCUCAGUCCAGGCAGUCGGCCAGUCAACGUGCAGAAAACCCAUUCCACCUGAUAUUUCAUCAGAAUGGGCAAAGAUUACUACCAGAUAUUGGGCAUAAACAGAAAUGCAACCAAAGAAGAGAUCAAAAAGGGCUACAGGCGGAUGGCGCUCAAAUACCAUCCGGAUAAGAACGACCACCCCCAGGCCGAGGCACAGUUUCAGGAGGUUGCGGCCGCCUUUGAGGUGCUGUCGAACAAGGAAAAACGAGACAUUUACGAUCAAUACGGAGAAGAGGGUCUCAAGUGUGGCGAUGAGCCGCAGACAUUUGCCCAGCCCACGCCAGAUAUGGUGCCCUUUAUGUGUGCGGUAGGCGGCACCGUCCUAUUUGCUUUUGCAGCAUAUAAAACAUUUCAAUUUUUCUCGAAAAAGAAAAACCCAAACGUAGAUAAAGACGAAUCCUCCUCAUCUGAUUAAAACUAUUGUAAUUUUAUUAAACGUACUUUCCGGUGUUAUUGUUAUUAAGUUAU